GUACCGUAUUGUAGGUUAUUUUUAUUAUUUUUCUAAUUAGAAUUUUUUUUUCUUUUGAUAAUUAAUCUGCGUUUGCGCUUUGUUUUAAUGCGCGCGCAUCUCGCCGCGUUAACAGCAGAAAUACGAAACACUCGAAAACCUCUUUUCGAUUCAGAAGCUCUGAAAACGUUGACUAGGUUGAGAAAUUAAGUCCUUCUUCUGUCAUAUUUCGUUUUCCAUUUAAUAUUUUAUCCGAAGAGAAAAAUAAAUUAAUUAUAAACAAAAGAAAAUUAAUUUACAACAAAAAACGAAGAAAUUCGUUGUCUUUUGUCCGUGUAAAUUUUUUUUUCCCAAAAAAAAAUCUCAAGUUACUUAUUUUGGUUAAAAAACUUUGGUUUUCUUGUUGAAUUUUUCCCAAAAGUGAAAUGAUGAUUUUUUGAGUGACCAAAUGGAAAAGUAGUGAUUUUUGCAAUUGAAAAAAGUGAAUAAAAAAUAUUUUUUUCACCAAAGGAAUUUUUUUAAAACACUCGGACAAUAUUUUGAACGUGAUGAUUGGACCUACAUCGGGCACCAAUAAUGUGCCAAAUCGUGAAGUAACCGAAAAUACGAUUUGUAACAAAAGAAAAGUAUUCGACGAUUUGGACAUUGAAAAUUUCUGCGAUGAAAUCUAUCAGGGCGGACGAAAACGGUACAUGACUGAAAUGCAAACGUCAGAUAGUAUAAUAACACAAAUAUCCAGCGAUGAUUUUUCAACAUUAACGCAAGAGGAAGAAAAUGGUUCUGUAACACGAUUGGAGGUAUUGGUUGUCGAUGGAAAUUGGGAGACGUCUGAAUUGGAACAUGGAAAUCAUCUUAUUGACGAUAUCAAUCAAUCGCAAGUGAUUCAAACAAAUAAUGGACAAAUAUUAACGCCAAUAAAUUUACAAUUCUCAUCAAAUCAGAAUUACAAUAAUGAGGUUCAACAUUUUUGGGAACCACAGGAAAUAAUCCCUCAAGUGCCACUAAUAAAACCAUCGUGCAGUCGGACAAAUCAAUUUUCACGUUUUCAAGAGAAUAAUAAUUUAAUUGAGGAUCAGGAGAAUGGAAAUUUAUCGUGGCUCUUGGAUUUUAAACUCGAUUCAUUAAUUGAGGCCGCUGACGAUCGUUCCACUAUUCUUUCUCCAAAGGACAGUCAGUUCGGUCACAGAAAUAAAGUUCAGACGAACAAUCGUUUUGGAGCAUCGACUUCGGCGUAUCAUGAGACGAAGAAAAAUUACUCGGAGAAUUCUUCAUUUUUCCGCGAGGGAAAUUCGUCGUUUGGAUCAAAUUCUGAAAAUAAAAACAACAGUCGUCAAAAUGGCCCGAAGAAGCCGCCUUUCACGUACACGGAAUUAAUCGAACAUGCCUUGCAAGAAAAAGGCGAACUCACUGUCUCCGCCAUUUAUCAAUGGAUUUCGGAACAUUUUCCGUAUUACAAAAGCAAUGACGAUCGUUGGAAAAAUUCAGUGCGGCACAAUCUCUCGAUAAAUCCACAUUUUCGAAAAGGAUCUAAGGCCCCACACGGAGCAGGACAUCUUUGGGCAAUCGCCAAUCAGGACGAAUUGAGAUCUCGUCAUUUCGUCCCCAAUGGAACUAAAUCUGUCAUUGAAACGAAUUCCAUAAAUCAAAUGAUAACGGUCGACGAAGUUGAAGCCGCAACGGCGAGUAUCAGUCAACCAAGAGAAGAAGAGGCGGAAGAAAUAGUAAAUUCCGUAACUCUUGAACAUUGCGCAGAGCAAAUUUUAAGCGGAGUUAAAAGAGAGGUUGAAGUUCAAUAUCUCGUUCCAAUGUCCAUGACUCAAAAUGAACAGAAUUCAACGCAGAAUAUUAAACCAGAGCAAAAAGAAACAGAUUUUUUGAAUCCGGUCUCAAAGGAAAUUGUCGCUGAAGAAUGCGGACUAAUUGGCGAGGGCUAUUUAGUCACCGACCUUAAUCCCGCAGCAUUGGGUUUGAAUAUCGUCGAUCCCGACAUGAUUUCACCGGACAAUCUAUUUGGCGAGGAAUUGAGUUUUCAAUUCUACGAGUUUACAUCGCCAUCACAAGUGCAAUCCGCCUGACACGUGGAUAAAAAUAAGUUUCGUGUGAUUCUCAUCGACGAGGCGAAACUUGAAAAUAUUCAGAUUGUCGAGAAUCUCAUUCUCACCACUGACGAACGAACAACGGAAAAUUCGGAGAAAAAUAUAUUUCAAUUUGAAACUGACACAA